CGAGUUGAACAACGGCCCACCCUGAUUUUGACCUAGACGCCAGCUCGCCGAUUCCUCCGCCUUCCUCUCCAUCUCCGAAUCGCCUCCCGGCUAUUUGGGUAUUCUGUUCCCCUCCAUCUGAUCUGACAGUUAGUUGGUCAUCUUGGUCUCUGAGCUUUCUGGAUCUGGUUUUCGGGAUUGUGAACGGUAAACAGAGCUGCGUGAAUCUGUGCUCUAGGGUUUUCAGACAUAGGGGGGAUUGUGGUGACUUAUGGUGCAGUUGGCGGGGUACGGAAAGCUGCAGCAGGAGUCCGAUCUGCCGGUGAAGUGGCCGCUGGCGGCAGACGGAUCGUGUCCUGUGAAGUUGGAGAUUGAGGAUCAACUGGAGGACGAGCAUGGGUCGCUUACCAAGAGAUCCAAGAGGGAAGCAGAUGAGAGUAUGGCCGCAACUAAGAUUAUUCAGAAUAACUUACUUGAUGAGCCUAGUCCGCUGGGUCUUCGCUUGCGAAAGAGUCCAUCACUACUAGACUUGAUUCAGAUGAGGUUGACUCAAGCAACCACAACUGUCAAUUCAUGCAUAACGAACAAUAAGAUCUUGGAUGAAGACAAAAUUAAAGAUACAAAGUCUGCUGGUGCUUUAACUGUUACUGAAAAGAUGAAGGCAUCAAAUUUUCCAGCUUCUCUUUUGAGGAUUGGAACUUGGGAGUAUCCAUCAAGGUAUGAAGGAGAUUUAGUAUCCAAGUUCUACUUUGCUAAGCGAAAGCUUGUAUGGGAGAUUCUUGAAGGUGGUCUCAAGAGUAAGAUUGAAAUCCAAUGGUCUGAUAUCACAGCUCUGAAGGCAACUUCUCCAGAAAAUGGUCCAGGGACUUUGGAUUUAGUGCUGGGUAGGCAACCUCUUUUUUUUAGGGAGACUAAUCCACAGCCUAGAAAGCACACUCUGUGGCAGGCUACUUCAGACUUCACAGAAGGGCAAGCAAGUAUACACAGGAGGCACUUCCUACAAUGUCCACAAGGUCAGUUAAGCAAGCAUUUUGAGAAGAUUAUCCAAUGUGAUCCACGGUUAUAUGCGCUAAGUUUAGAACCGGAUAUUAUUUUAGCAAACCCUUUGUUUGAAUCACAAUCCUCUGUUUUUGAGGACUACGAAGAAUAUAAAUGCCAUCAUUUUGACAUGUCGAAGGAUAAAUAUGGUUCUGCAAGUCAUGAAUUGCCAUCUACUUGUGCUGCCACAUCAGCUUCUGUUAAGAGUGACAUCAAAGAUUCUGAUACUUCAUUGUCUGAUGCUUCCAUGGGUGAAAUUCAUUCACAAAAUUCAGUGCUAAAACCUGGAUUUAGCAAAGGAGCUAAUGUAGUCGACUCUGAGAUCACAUCAAAUGAGAGAGGCCGGGACAAGUUGAGAGUACAUGGACCCAAACCCUUGUUGUAUGUCAACGACGUCGUAAGACGACUAGAACAACGCAUCUCCGAGCAGAUCACCCCAGGCAACCCACAUUUAUCUGGUGCUGCUGUACCUGACAGAGCUGCAUUGGAAGAGGUGGUCCAGUGCCUCUUCAGUGAUUCUCAUGCAUCUUCCUCCGAUGAAAAAUCUCUCAUGAAGAAGGUCAACUCCUUUUGCUCCCUGCUCCAAAAAGAUGUUAUCGCAGUACAGAGCCAGCAGAUGAAUGGUGGCACCACUUCAUCCAGUGACAAUGCCAUACAGAAUGACUCAUCGGAGCUCAUUAUAGCUAAGCAAGAUGCUCCAGAGAAAGUGUCAGGCAUGUCAAGAAAGGAUUCGUUUGGAGAUUUUCUGAUGCAUCUCCCGCGCAUUGCUUCUCUAUCUCAGUUCUUGUUCAAUAUCGCAGAAGAUGAAGAAGAUAGUCCCUCAUCUUCAAGCUGACAAAGCUUGCAGAUUCUCUUCUUUGUUCAUGUAAAGAGCAGUCAUUUUGGUAACUUUCUUAGGGUUUCAGGUGUUGUUGGUAGGAUACAAGUCCCGUAAAUAUGCCUGAAGAAUAAUGUAAUUGGAGCUGCCUCCAAGCAUUUGCUGUGAGACAUGUGGAUCAGUUAAAAGAGGGUGGAAGUCAUACCUUUGUUGUCCAUUUAAUCUAACAUUAAGUUGAAAUGCUCUUCUUUUUGCAUCA